CCACUGGCGCCGCUGCUGCUGCUGCUGCGGGACUGAAGCUGAAUCUGCUCGCUUGUUCUCAACCAGUCAGCAGCACCAGCAGUGGUCGGGCCGGAGUAUGAUUGCUGUCCGGAGAGCAUAGAUGUGCAAAACCUCUGGAAUAUCCGUGCGCUGGAGAGGCCAGAACCGACCACCGUGGAGGACUGUCUUUAUCUAGUCGUCAAAAGGGAAAGAACCACGGGGGAAGCAUGGCGGUAGAAGAGGAAGGUCUCCGGGUUUUCCAGAGCGUUAAAAUAAAAAUAGGAGAAGCAAAAAACAUCCCUCCGUACCCGGGGCCAAACAGGAUGAGGGACUGCUACUGCACUGUCAACCUGGACCAAGAAGAGGUUUUCAGGACCAAGAUCAUCGAGAAGUCACUAUGUCCGUUCUAUGGGGAGGACUUCUACUGCGAGAUCCCACGUAGCUUCAGACACCUCUCCUUCUACAUCUUCGACAGGGACGUCUUCAGGAGGGACUCCAGUAUUGGCAAGGUUGCAGUGAAGAAAGAGGACCUGCAGAAAUAUCACGGCAAAGACACCUGGUUUCAGCUACAACCAGUCAGCGCUGACUCAGAGGUGCAGGGAAAAGUGCACCUGGAGCUACGUCUGAGUGAAGUCAUCACAGACAGUGGAGUCAUCAACCAUAAAUUAGCCACACGAGUGUUGGAGUGCCAAGGUCUUCCAAUCGUCAACGGCCAAUGUGAUCCCUACGCUGCUGUCUCUUUACUAGGACCGUCAAGGUCAGAAGCCAAGAAGACCAAGGUGAAGAGGAAAACCAACAAUCCACAGUUCGAGGAGGUUUUCUAUUUUGAGGUGACGCGGCCAUUAAGCUACACAAAGCGGCACUUUGAUGUUGAAGAAGAGGAUGUUGACAAGCUGGCACUGAGGGUGGAUCUUUGGAACGCUAGCAACCUGAAGUUCGGGGACGAGUUUCUGGGAGGUGUGCGUGUUCCUCUCCGGGUCUUGGGUCAGGGUGGCGUCCACGAUGCAUGGUACUUUCUCCAGCCCAGGGAAAACGGAGGGAAGUCAGUGAAGGUAGAAGAGCUCGGCUCUCUGCGUCUGAACAUCGUUUACACUGAGGACCACGUCUUCCCCUCCGAACACUACACUCCCCUCAGAGAUCUACUGCUGCACUCUGCUAAUGUAGGGCCUGUGUCGGCGUCCACAGCUCAUAUUCUGGGGGAGGUGUGUCGAGAGAAACAAGAAGCCGCCAUUCCUCUUGUGCGCCUGUUUCUUCACUACGGCAAGAUUGUGCCUUUCAUCAGCGCCAUCGCUCAUGCUGAAGUCAACCGCACACAGGAUCCUAACACCAUUUUCCGGGGAAACUCACUGACUUCCAAGUGCAUUGAUGAGACCAUGAAGCUGGCAGGGAUGCACUAUCUGCAAGUCACACUCAAACCCAUCAUAGAUGAGAUCUGCGCAGAACACAAACCCUGUGAAAUCGACCCGGUCAAGCUCAAAGAGUCGGAGAACCUGGACACGAACAGGGAAAACCUUCGUCAUUAUGUUGACCGUAUCUUCAACGUCAUCACCACCUCUGGCGUUCGCUGUCCCACUGUCAUGUGUGAUAUCUUCUUCUCUUUGAGAGAGUCUGCUGCCACCCGUUUCCAAGUUGACCAAGAUGUCCGAUACACAGCAGUGAGCAGUUUCAUUUUCCUGCGUUUCUUCGCUCCAGCCAUCCUCUCCCCCAACUUGUUCCAUCUACGGCCACACCAUCCAGAUCCCGCCACCUCUCGAACCCUCACCCUCAUCUCCAAGACAAUCCAGACCCUGGGAAGUCUCGCCAAGUCAAAAUCUGCCAAUUUCAAAGAGUCUUACAUGGCUGCAUUUUAUGACUACUUCAAUGAGCAGAAAUAUGCGGACGCUGUGAAGAAUUUUCUGGACCUGAUCUCCACCUCUGGCAAAUGGGAUCAGAAGAGUAUUGAAACACCAAUCAUGCUCAAAGAGGGAUUUAUGAUUAAGAGAGCACAAGGGAGAAACCGGUUUGGAAUGAAGAACUUCAAGAAGAGAUGGUUUCGCCUCACCAACCACGAGUUUACCUACCACAAAACAAAAGGUGAGGGCGCUCUGUGCAGCAUCCCCAUAGAGAACAUCUUGGCUGUAGAGAGACUAGAGGAGGAGUCUUUCAAGAUGAAAAAUAUGUUCCAGGUUAUUCAGCCAGAGCGGGCACUCUACAUCCAGGCCAACAACUGUGUCGAAGCGCGCGACUGGAUCGACAUCCUGACCAAAGUCAGCCAGUGCAACCGCAAACGCCUGAGCACCUACCAUCCUUCAGCCUACCUCAACGGUCACUGGCUCUGCUGCAAGCUCUCAGCAGACACAGCCUCUGGGUGUACGCCCUGCACUGGCGGUCUCCCAGCAAACAUCCAGCUGGACGUAGAUGGAGACAGAGAGACUGAGAGGAUUUAUUCCCUGUUUAGCACAUACAUGACCAAACUGAUCAAGAUGCAAGAGGCCUGUGGCAGUAAGUCUGUGUACGACGGGCCCGAACAGGAGGAGUACUCCAGCUUUGUCAUCGAUGACCCCCAGGAGACCUACAAAACCCUGAAACUGAUUGUUUCAGCUGUGCAGACCUUGGAGCAGCAGCAUACCAAGUACAAACGUGACAAGUUCAAGAAGACAAGGAUAGGCAGCCAGGAGCAUCCGAUUGGAGACAAGAGUUUUCAGUGCUACAUCCGCCAGCAGUCAGAGAGCUCCACCUACUCUAUCUAGCCAUGACCCUGUGUACUGUCUAUGAUGCCCAGAACCAGCAUAUUUUUCGUUACUGCAAAGAAAUCCAUCUUAACAACACUCUUUUAUCUAGUAUUGAGUUUUAAAUCUUUAUUUUUCCUGAAAACAAGAUAAAAUAGUCAUUAAGGUGACAUAAUUUCACUUAUGCAAUGUAUCCAUGCUUGAAGAUGUUCUUCAAAAGGAAUAUUUCACCUUUUUAAAGACAUUUCUAGAAGCAGGUGAUGCUGAUUUGGAAAAAAGUUUCACCUGACUGGCUCAUUUGUUCAGUUUUAAGGAAAAUAAGAGUUUUAAGAGUCAAUACCCGACUUAAUGAGCCGUGUAGAUGGACUCUUUUUUUUUUGCAGUGUCUCAAGGUGCAUCACUCCAAAUUUGGAGAACAGACCUCAGAUUGGCAAGAAAAGAAAAGGAACAGUUGUGGAGGAAAGGAGGGAUACAAAUGAAGAGAUAAUCAUACCAUACAUCUUUAUGGCUCUCCUUUCUGUGAUUUGAUGAGAGAACAAACGUUUUCACUGGACAGUUUUGACAGUGACCAACACGCACUUUAAUGGCCUCCAAAUCUAUGGAUGAACAAGCCUUGCAGCACACUUUCAAAAAGCUUAUUUUAUCUGUUUGAUUUGUAUUUGGUUAUUUUAAUGGUUGUUGAAAUGUUCCAUUGUAUUUCACUCUAGAAGGAAGGAAGGACUGUAAUUUUUCCCUUUUGGGGUGGUGUUGACCCCAUGUACCUGUUUUUUGUUUUUUUUUGUUUUUUUAUGUCCCCAUCCUCCUCAGGAAGGCUGUGAAGGUCGAGGGCACACAAGAAGGGGUUGUCGGGCCCAAGCACAGCCAAAAGCAGCUUGAUGUUAGCUAUCAAAAGUCACUCCACGGACAAUUUUAUCCCUCAUUUUUAAUCCUUAUCAUCAAUGUGCUAACAAAUAGGUUAGUAUAGGUUCAAGUGUUCACAUUUAAUUUAAAGCCUUGUUCUGUUGUGGUAGGAUAUCGUGUCCCUGUGUAACCAGUACCCGAGUUAAAGGAUAGUUUCUCUUUCUUACACUGAGUCAGACAAACCCAUGGAUGCCUUUUUUAAAUCUUUGUAUGCUGUUUGAAAGACAUGUUGAACAGCGUGGCUGAGUUUAUGGAUGUCAAGUUUCAGCUUCUCUUUUAAGUAAGACAGAAUGUACUGGAGGCUGAUAAGUUGAACUCCAUCUUGAUCUCCAUCUCUGAACAAAGAAAUUACAUUAUCUCCAACUUCAAAACCAGUUUCUGUUGAUGUCAGGGCCAGAUUAACCCACUAGGGGUUCUGGGAAAGAAAUGUACUGUGAAUUGUGAAUUUGUGCUAUAAACUGAAAUAAUAAUGUCCUUACAAUAUACACUCACUGGCCACUUUAUUAGGUACACCUGUACAUUCUAAUGCAAUUCAGUACAACAGUUCUGCCGUAAAUUCAGCCUUUACAAAGGUAAUAAUGUUCUAUUUUUGGUGACAUUAUCAGAAAUGUGUAAAUUCAGUUAGAUCUUUAUAAUUGAGGUCAUAGUUAGGUGAUGUUGUACUGGACUACAUUAUAUUGAGAGGUGUGUCUUUUCUUUCUUUUUUUUUUACAUUAAUGAGUGGGUCAGAAAAUUAGAAAUACCUCUGAAUAUAAUGCAGUCCAGUACAACACCAUCACUAACUAUGACAUCAAUGCAAAACAUAUAAUUUGAUUAACACGUCUUUGACAGGGUCAAAAACACUGAACAUUAUAGGCAUCAUAAAAGCUGACUUUAUGGCAGAAAAGUUGUAUUGUAUUACAUGGGCCACUGAGUGUAUAUAGGGUGCAGAAUUAAUAAACACAUUUAUAAUUAAUCAAAUUACCACAAACCAAUUGCUGCAUGUUGAACCUAGAGCCUUGGGCAGUUACCUGUUUUGCCCAGUUGGUAGUCCAGCCUUGUUUGACAUGUACACACAUCCAUGGUGGAUAAAUAUUAGUAAUUCCAUAUAAGUAGCUUUAACCAUAAUGUAACUGUUGCAGGUUCAUAUGUAUGGAAAACAGUGAAUUUUGUUUCCUUCAAGAGGUGCUGAUACUUGUUCCCGACGUCCAGUAAUUGAGCUCAGCUACGCUAAGAUCACCAUUCAACAUACCCUCAAAAUGCAUGCAGACAUAAUAAAGGUGUGCUUGUUUCUCUGUGUGAGUAGAAAAAGUAUUUAAAGCCAAACUCUCAACUCUCCCUUUACAAAGCAGAACUUAACUUCUAAGUAAUCGAUAUACUAACAUUUUAACCAGUCUUGUCUGAAGUUAUGAUUGUGAAAUGGAUAGUGUGUUACUGGUUGUGUUGCCCUGAUGGCUGCCUAAUGAUGUUGUUCUUCUGUUUUUAAGUUUAGCUCUUAUUUUGGAAAAGCUGCCCCUCUGUAGUUUAAAACUUAUUUAUAUGCAUUCCUCUGAGAAACUGCCUGCUGUGAAUCUUACCGGUCAGUACCCCAGAAUCUGUUGAAGGUACAGGAUUUAUUUUUGUUUAACCAGUUGUGUUGUUCUAUGCUUCCCAAAGGCAACCCUUCUCAGUAGCAUUCGUAUUCAUCAUCACUCACUCUUGCCAAACCAGUGCAUGUGAAGUAUAGUUGUAGUCACAGCGACGGUAGCCUCCACAGUCACUUCUGUGUGACCGGGUGGCUACAAACCACGACAAAUUUUUGUAUUUUCCAAAACGAAGUACCUGGUUAUGUAGCCUCAUGGGUGUUCCCGUGAUUACAGGAUCCCAAACAGUGCCAGUCAUCACUUUUAUAAAAUUCUCUUUUUGAAAAACAAACAAAACAAAAAAAAAAUCAUUGUUUGGAUGUUUUUUUUUUAUAUAUCUCAAAACCUGUACUGUUUUAAAAACAGACAAGCAAUUAUUCCGAUUACAUCUUUUUCUUUGUCAGAUAUGUUGAUCUAUGGAAUUUUUCUCAACAAUUUGACUCCGUUUUCUAUCUUUGUCUUGUCAUACAGAAAUCUCACUGUGUAUAUGAGUUGAAUGACUGAGGUGUGUGUGUGCGUAUGUGCAUGUUUGUGAGUGUGUGCAGUGUCAGUAUGUGCACGAGUGGCUGACAUGACGGGUUGUAAUGCCAAUUGAAUUAACCCAGUGUUACAGGUCAGGAAAGGCAGAGUCCCACUUGUUAAAAAAGAGAAAAUCACUGCCUGUAAUUAUACUAAAGACUGUAGUAGGACUGUGGAAACACUGUUACUCUACUCUGAUCUAGUGUAUCUCCUCUUUCCUCUUGUAUAGAACCACUGUUCCAUUUCAAGGAACCUUUGCCAAUAUAUUCUCCCCAAGACUUUUAUAUGUGCAACACAGUAAUAAUGUUGAUGAAACAGUAAGAGAGCAGCGUUGCUUUAACCUCUGAACUUUGGUGAGUGUUUGUUUCCACCAGUUACUAACUCUCCUCAGGUUUAUGAAACUCAGCAGUUUUUUUGCCAAGACCGAGGAGACUCGGACUGAAGUAUAAACCACCAAACAGCUCUGUCUCUCAUCCCCAACUUGGUAAUCAUAUUUAUUAUCAUUUUCAGCAAAACCUUCCCAGAAGCAUCGGCUGAGUUGGUGGGGUAAUGGCAGUUACAGUAAUGGCAAUCCCUCCACCCACAAAGGAAUGACUUAUGCAAUAAUGAUGUUUCAGCAUGCAAUAAUAUUAACAACCCCAUCAAAUUAUCACAAAUUAACAACGCACAUCUGCUGACCUUUUGCAGUAAAAUGCCUCUUCAGACAAACACAUUUUAAAGGGAGAACCGUGUAUUUUGUACAAAUAUUUUAAAAAAGUAUUAAAAUAAGCCUGUUAUAUGUGUACAUAAAACAGUUGAAUGAAUGGCGAAAAUGUGAUGUGUUUUUUUUUCCCUGAAUAACUAAAUGAAACCAAUAUUAAUGCAAA